AUGGCCAGCUCCAAUUCACCAGGCGCCUCGUCGUCCUCGACGGCUGCUCAGACAGACGAGGACUUCACACUGGCCGAGCCUCUGCAGCCUUACGGUUAUGCAAACAUACUUUGGACCGUGCCUGAAGGUUCAUCCAGGGAACAAGAUUUGCCAUCUACUACCGAGCCUGUUGUUGCCCAGGCGGACGAAGCGAACGAUCGGCCCGCUUUCCCAACUGCUACCCGCGGCUCGCGCCGUCAAGACUUGUUGAGACGAGUCACUACCGCCGAUCUUUCCGACGGAGAUGUGAAUCAUCUCGUCAAGGUAUUCUCGAGUCGUUCGAGGAGGUCUAGGCAAGGACAGGAGGAGCAAGAGAAAGGUGACAAUGAUGACGAGGAAGAAGAAGAUCCUCAGCAGAAGGAGUUGGAAAACCUCAUGGGUGAGAUUUUCAAUCGUGGAGGAAACGAAGAAGGAAAGAAGCACGUUGGUGUUAUCUUCAAGGACUUGACUGUCAAAGGUGAAGGUAUCGGUGCCUCGACGGUCAGUACCUUUGGAGAUGCCAUGAAAGCUCCCUUCAUGAUUCCCAAGAAAAUCGUCGGUCACACGCCUCAGACACCGGUACGUACUCUGCUUGACAGGUUCACUGGGUCUGUACGCGAUGGUGAGAUGCUUCUCGUCCUUGGUCGUCCCGGCUCAGGGUGCACCACCUUCUUGAAGACCAUUGCAAAUCUUCGGGAGGCGUAUGCCGGCGUGGAAGGUGACACUACCUAUGGUGGUGUCGAUGCCGAGACUAUGAAGAAGCGAUACCGUGGUGAAGUCGUCUACAACCAGGAAGACGACCUUCAUUACGCCACCCUCUCGGUUGCACAGACCCUCCGCUUCGCCCUUAAGACCCGCACUCCGUCCACAAGGGCCGAGGGUGAAACUCGUAGCCAAUACAUAGACAAGUUCCAGGACAUGUUGCUCAAGAUCUUUGGUUUGGAGCACGUGCAAAAGACAAAGGUCGGUAAUGAGCUGAUUCGUGGUGUCUCUGGUGGUGAGAAGAAACGUGUAUCCAUUGCUGAAGUCAUGGUCAACCGUGCUGCUGUUGCUUGUUGGGAUAACAGUACUCGUGGUCUCGAUGCUUCGACUGCGGUUGAGUACGUCCGUUCUCUUCGCGUGUUGACAAACUUGGCCAAGGUCACUACGAUCGUGACAAUCUACCAGGCCAGUGAGUCGCUUUACGACAUGUUCGACAAAGUCCUUCUCAUCGACGAAGGUAAAUGUGCGUACUUUGGUCCUACGGAGAAUGCUCGCCAGUACUUCGAAGAGCUUGGAUAUGAACCACUUCCUCGACAGACUACCGCCGACUUUCUCACAGCUGUCACCGAUCCGCGCUCACGCAAGAUUAAGGACGAUGCUGAGAACUGCCCCAAGGGUCCUGAAGCACUUGCCGAGGCUUAUCGCAAGAGCAAAUGGGCUCGUUUCGCGAAGGAGGACAUUGAAGAAUUUGAGAAUGUCCUUCAGACGCAUGAAAGCAGGCAGAAUGGACAGGAGUUCCAGAAAUCCGUACAGGCAGGAAAGGGUGAACACCUUACCGAGAAGAGUGCUAGGAAGAGCGUCUAUACCGUCGGCUUUUGGGGUCAAGUUAAAGCCUGUACUGUCCGUCAGUACCAAGUUGCUUGGGGUGAUAAACCAUCUUUGAUUGGCAAAAACUUCCUUGCCAUCUUUCAGUCUAUGAUUAUUGGAUCCCUUUUCUACGACACGCCUCAGAACUCGACAGGUAUCUUCCAACGUGGUGGUAUCCUCUUCUUCGCCCUGCUCUUCAACGCGCUUCUCGCCUUGGCCGAAUUGUCUAACGCUUUCUCGUCCAGACCUGUCCUGCUCAAGCACAAAAGUUUCACGUUUUACAGACCCGCCGCAUAUGCCUUGGCGCAAGUGUUGGCUGACCUUCCAGUCGUUUUCGUCCAGAUCACUGUGUACGAUAUUACCCUGUACUUCUUGUCCGGAUUACAGCGCAAGGCGGGUCAGUUCUUCUUCAACUUCAUGGUUCUUUAUUUCACUACUAUGGCGAUGUAUUCACUCUUCCGUAUGCUUGGAGCUAUCACGCCAAGUUUGGAUGUGGCGACCCGUAUCAGUGGUGUCCUCAUCCAAGCUCUCGUGGUGUACGCAGGUUAUAUCAUCCCAAGACCUUCUAUGAAAGGAUGGUUCGUCUGGAUCUUUUAUCUGAACCCUGUGGGGUAUGGCUUUGAGGCAUUGAUCACGAAUGAGUUUCAUAAUCUUGAAUUGCCUUGCAUCACACCUCAGCUGGUACCGUACGGAGCAGGGUAUGGAGGAGUUGCACUGGCAAACCAGGGAUGUACGGUUGCUGGUUCGACUCCGGGAACGGGUGUGAUCAACGGUGACGCAUAUCUUAGCCAGCAGUUCAGUUAUACGUGGGGACAUGCGUGGCGUAACUUGGGUUUCGUUAUCAUGUUUUGGAUUGCGUUCGUUGUCAUCACUAUCAUCGGAUUGGAGUCUUCGUUGAAGCCUGGCAAGGCCGGACGUGGAGAAGUGACCGUGUACAAGAAGGGAGGAGCUCCGCAGGCCGUUGCAGCUGCCAUGGAGAAAGGCGGUGAUGCGCGUGAUGAGGAAGAAGCCGGUGCGGGUCAAGAAGGAGCUCGUGCUCAGGGCCGCGAUGAGAACUAUUCCGAGAAUCGUGAUGAGGAGGAUGAGAACAUCCAGGCCAUGGAGAGGAAUGAAGCAAUCUUCACCUGGCAACACCUCGAUUACAUCAUCAAAGCGGAUGGCAAGGACAGGAAGCUUCUUGAUGAUGUACAGGGCUGGGUUAAACCUGGACGCUUGACUGCCUUGAUGGGCAGUUCCGGAGCUGGUAAGACGACUUUGCUCAAUGCUCUCGCUCAAAGGCUUGGCGGUGGUCGGGUUACGGGGACAAUGCUCGUUGACGGCCAUCCUCUUCCAAUCUCGUUCCAGCGAUCGACUGGCUACGUUGAGCAGCAGGAUGUGCAUGAAAGUACGAGUACGGUCCGCGAGGCCAUGAGGUUCAGUGCUCUUUUGCGUCAACCAAAAGAUGUUCCGAUUGAGGAGAAAUACGACUACGUUGAGAAAAUCAUUAAUCUUCUGGAACUUAACGAUAUCGCCGAAGCGGUUAUUGGUACUAUCGGUGCUGGUCUGUCUGUUGAACAGAGGAAGCGUGUGACCAUUGGUGUCGAGCUUGCUGCAAAGCCCAAGUUGUUGCUUUUCUUGGAUGAGCCGACCUCUGGACUCGACAGCCAGUCCUCCUUUGGAAUCGUAAAGUUUCUCCAAAAGUUGGCUAGGGACGCUGGACAGGCCAUUCUUUGUACGAUUCACCAGCCGUCAGCCGUUCUUUUCGAGAAUUUCGAUGACCUGUUGCUUCUCGAAAAGGGCGGAAAGACGAUUUACUUUGGAGAACUUGGCAAAGACUCGCAAACCCUAUUGGGAUACUUCGAAGAGAAUGGCGCCAGAAAAUGUCCGGACGACGCCAACCCAGCUGAAUACAUGCUCGACGUUAUCGGUGCAGGUGCUACCGCGAAGGCUGACAAGGACUGGCAUGAGGUUUGGGAACAAUCGGAGAACAAGAAGCGCAUCACCGAAGAAAUUGAGAGUAUCAUCAGUAAGAGACGUGGCAACAAACUUGAUGCAGCGGGCGAUAGCGAAUUUGCCAUGCCUCUGUGGACGCAGAUCAACGCGGUUACCAGACGCAGUUGGAUCUCAUACUGGCGCAGCCCAGAGUAUCCAAUCGGAAAGAUCAUGCUGCACGUUCUCACCGGUUUGUUCAAUUGCUUCACUUUCUUCAAGUUGGGUCAUUCCACUAUCGACAUGCAGAACCGUCUCUUCUCGAUCUUCAUUUUUCUCACAAUUUCUCCGCCGCUCAUCCAACAAUUGCAGCCUCGGUUCUUGGGUUUCCGUGCCAUUUACACGGCGCGAGAGCAGGGAAGCAAAAUCUAUUCGUGGACGGCAUUUGUAACCGGUGCUUUCCUGGUGGAGUUGCCCUAUUCGGUUGUUGCCGGAACCAUAUAUUGGUGCUGCUGGUAUUGGGGCGUGGGCUUCCCUCACGAAACGAGCCGUGCUGGUUUUGCAUGGCUUUUGGUGUUCCUCUUUGAGAUAUACUAUGUCUCCCUGGGACAGGCUAUCGCAGCAAUGGCGCCGAACGCCAUGUUGGCUUCGCUUCUUGUGCCGCCGUUCUUCACAUUCAUCAUCGCGUUCGCUGGUGUUGUCUCACCCCCAAGGGCGUUCCCCUAUUUCUGGAGGAGCUGGAUGUACUGGCUCACGCCAUUCCAUUAUCUCUUGGAAGCCUUUUUGAGUACCGUUGUUCAUGACGUGCCUGUGCGAUGUUCGUCAGGUGAGUAUGCUCAAAUUACGCCGCCCACCGGACAAUCCUGUCAGCAGUACCUGGGAACCUUCGUCACUCAAAACGGUGGUUAUUUGAACAACCCUACCGCGAUCGGAAGUACGUGUCAGUACUGUCAGUACGCGAAUGGAGACGAGUACACAAACACUUUGAAUGUGUAUUACUACCACCGCGGCCGCAACGUCGGAAUUUUCUGUGGUUAUAUCAUCUUCAACAUCGUCAUGAUCUACGUUAUCACCUGGAUUUACUUGGGAGGCAUCACCCGCUUCAUCAAAGGAUUACGCCCCAAGGGCAAGACACAGGAGCAAGGAGGAGGCAAGAUGGCGGAGACGAAGCCGCAAGCACAAGCGACAGCAGCUCGGGGCGAGGAGACGGAGCAGAUGAAUACGUAG